GCCAAAGUAAGCUGAUGACCGACAAAUUUUUACUUUUACCAAUUGUUUUCACCUUGGCCCGUUGAUGCGACGCCCUCCACGGGAAAAUGGGCCACCAGAGUUCCGGCCAUAUUUACCAACUGUGGGAUUGCCGACCGUGGGAUCGAUUAGAUCCAGAAGUAAGCUUGACCGUUCUGUAGCUCGAUGGCGGCCCAUGGAAGAGAGAUGCGAGGACAGCCGGACUUUAGCGCGGCUCCAGGCUGUUGGCUCAUCCUCGCUUCCGACCCUUCCGUCGAUUCCAGCUGCGUCUAGCAGAUCAAUCUCUGGGUCUGCUUCCAUGGCCAAUCUUUGGAGGGAUGCUGGCAAUCUCCUACAAAGAAAGGAGGCCGAGCUGCCCAUGUUGAAACCCCCAGUGGCCCACAAAGUGCUGGGCCUCGGCAGGGAGGCCGUGGGCAAACGAAGGAGAUCGCCAGUGGUUGGCAUACGUCCUGGGCGGCCCAUCCCCUCCCUACCGGGCCUACCGGGCCUAGCGUCUCCGCAGGCAUCUCAGCCCUCUCCGUUAAGUGGAGGAACAAGAGUGGACAACAAGCGCCGCUUCUCCACCCAGGGCGCCCUGGCAACUGACCUGGCCUAUGUGCAGGAGCAGCUUGCGAAGGUCGCAGAAGCGCCGACUGAUGAGAAGCAAGAGAAGCAGGAGGUGGACCGCUGGUGGUGUGCCAUCUUCCUACCGCUUCCUGCGCCACGACAGCUGCUGCCGCUGGUGCUUGCGGAUCAGCAGGGCUUGGUCGGAGAUCCUGAUAAGAAGGAGCGAGAGAAAUUCCAGGCUCAGGUGAAGCUAGCCCCCGAUGAGCUGGAGGAAGUGGUACGACUCUGUCACACCUUCGUGCAGAUGGUGCAGCCACCGCAAAUAACGCUGGAACAUCAAGAAGAGAUCUCGGAAAAUGUUCUGCUAAGCAGGCCGAGCUUUUGUCAGCUCCUGGUGGCUAUGGGCUUGACUUCCAUGGAGAAAUGCCUCGUGCCCCGGUAUCACUAUGCGCUCAAGUGCUUUGACGCAGAGGCGAGCAGUUGCGAGGUGCCCGGCAUCGCACCCUUCGGGCGACUGGUCAUGGCGGUGAGGCUGCCAGCGCUUCCGGCGAAGGAUGAAGCACUGGAAGGCCUGGUCAAUGAUCGGCUCACACCGCGGAUUACCAGGUUGUUCGGACGCCUCUUGGAAGAUCUGGCGCUGCUGCCCUUCUGGGAGGGACAGGACAUGGCUGAAGCCCUGCCACGUGCCAAGAAGUACUUCUUUUUCAAAAUGCUCCCGGCUGCACAGGCAUAUGGAGAGGAACGCAUCCAGGUGCUGCAAAAGCAGGCAAUACAACUGAAGCACGAAAACAUCAGAAUCAGCUCCAGUAACUCCAGUCAGUUGCCAGAAGCCGAAGCCACUGAGCCAGCCACGUCGGUAGCAGGCGACCUGGACACCACCAAGGGCGCUCCCUCACUCCGUGGUCUUUCCGCAGGUUCUGCUACAUCUCGCUCAUCCAUUUCUCAUUUUACCAGAAUGACCUAUGACCUGGACGCUAUCUCCGAGGUCAGUGAGGCCCUCUCCUCACCAAAGAAACUUCCCAGGGCGUCCAGGACAGGUGCAAGUUUGGGAUCACGACAGACCACCCGAACCAAACGCGAUGGACGCGAUGCCACUGUGAAGAUCUUGGAGGUUCAACCGGCCACGCCGCUCGAGGAUGCGACGGUGAUGGAGCCAGUGCCCCUACCGCCCGAGAUGGUCAAGGCGGAAUUCAUGCAGAACCAGCUUCUAGAGCCUGAAGUCCUGUCCUUCGUGGCGACCUUCUCGAGCAUUUUCCAGGUGCUCUUUCGCGCCUACAGCGAUUUCCCUGCCAGGGACAUGGGUGGUGGCCACAUGAGCAUCUCUGCCUUCCUGAGGUUUUGCUAUGACUUUGGUUUGUUUUCAGUGAUCGACUUGCAGAGUUUGCGGCGGCUCUACAGCCUCUGCUCGGAGACACUGGAACUCUCAGCACCAAAGGACGCCAAACCAAAAAAGCGUCGAGGCAACAAGAAACCGGAGCAGGUUUUCUUUUGGAAUGGUCUGCAGGUCCCACAGCGUUUUGAGUGGCUAACGAAAGAGUUCGCUCACCACGAUGCGCAGGAGGCCGCCUGUGCGGGAGUUCUCGGAGCCAUGCACGACUGGAUGAAGGAUCGGACCUGGACGCCCAACGAUCUCUUCACCCUGCUGGACUGGAAUGGCAAUGGCGGCAUUUGUGCUGAGGAGCUGGUGGAAGGUGUUCGGCUGAUGCGUUUGGACCACUUGCCUCCCUGCGAGGAGUUGCAGAGGCUGGCAUCGUUGCUGCUGAGUCCAGAAACGGGCAGCAUUACGCCCUACGAGCUCCAGCAGGCCCUGGCGAUCAUUGCCAAGCAAAAGCACAAGUUGGUUCUGGCCGCCAAUUUCUUUCUGAAAGCUGACCAGGACAUGUCAGAAGUUGAGAGGAACGCCAGCGUCUUCUUCAAAGAUCUAAUCAAGGUCAUGGAGAAGAAUGGUUGGACGCCGACACGGCUCUUUCAUGAGCUGGGUGGAGCAUCGGGUGAGACCAUCACCAAGGAGAAGUUGGAGGAUAAGGCCAAAGUGCUGAUGCGGCUGCAUUGUGGACGCACUUCCGGCUUGGAAGUGACGCAACCCUUUGACAUUUUGGAUCUCAAUGGGGACGGGGUCAUUGAAGAAGAGGAGUUUUUGGCCAAUGUGGGACAAGUGCUCAAGGCUUUGAGGACGCAGCAACGUGAGGGCAAGCAGCGUAGACAGCUGCAAGCCGCAGUCACUGCUGUAGCAAAGAGCUGGUCGGUGGCGACUGCCAGGGAACUUGCGGCCUCGAAGCAUGGGUUUGGCCUGGCGCACUUCAUGGAGUGCCUUCUCCUCAUCUCCUGUGAGGUAGUUGGCAUCCGGGGGACGCCCAUGCAAGCGCAACAGCCCACCAUCACCAAGGUGGUGUGGCUCAUUCUGUACCUGCGAUGGCAGUACGAGCUGAAGCUGCAACAGGAUAUUGAAAGUGCACAGCAAGAGGUGGUCUGGGUAGCCAAACUUGGUCUUUCUGAUGGAAAGUCGUGCUGUCAGUACUCGACACCUUUGCAGCGGCUCUUUCAGGACUAUCCUAACCUCUUCAAGGAUGUGCUGUCCUCGAAGCAGGCGCUGAACAGCACCUUCCAACCCAGCAGCAUGGGGUGCUGCGAGGAAUGCGGCCGUGCGCCGCACCGGGGCUGGGGAAGCGUGGUGUGUCCUAAGUGCUCCGAUGCCGAUGCGGCGCUGAAGGCAUGUUGGAGAAGCCACAAGGCUUGCGCUGGUCAACGUGUCAGUCUCAUCAAGUCCAUGCUUGAACCGUUGCUGCAAGCAAAUGGUGAUCCAGCAGAGCAUCGUGAGAUGUUGAGUUGAGACAAUUUGAGUAUCGUCACAGGACCUUCCAAAGAACCAACGGAUAGGG